AGCACCCCACACAGUGGGGUGACAGGCAGCAUUGCGCAGAACAAGUGCACCCGCGCCUGAGGCGGGAGGAUGUGAUGACGCGGCCCCACACAGCGGGAACUCAGGCCUUUAAAAAGCCCAGGAAACAACCUCAAAGCAAGCGGUGGUUCCACUGGAGGAAAGCACACCCAGGUCUUACAGUAAAGAAGCCAAACUGUCUGCUUCAAAGAGAAAAGGCAACAUCCUGUCACAGGCCAUGCUCUGGCAAAAAUCCACAAGUCCAGAGCAAGCCCCCGCCCCACCCCGGCCAUACCAAGGGGUCCGGGUGAAGGAGCCAGUGAAGGAGCUGCUCAGGAGGAAGCGCUGCCACGCCAGCAAUGGGACAGCCGUCCCCCCGACUGCGGUGGUGCUUCCCCACCAGCCCCUGGCGACGUACACCACAGUGGGUCCGUCCUGCCUCGACAUGGAGGUCUCUGCUUCCACAGUGACAGAGGAAGCCCUGUGUGCUGGCUGGCUCUCUCAGCCCGCCCCGGCCGCCCUCCAGCCCCUGGCCCCCUGGACGCCCUACACGGAGUAUGUGUCCCAUGAAGCUGUCAGUUGCCCCUACUCAGCAGACAUGUAUGUGCAGCCCAUGUGCCCCAGCUACACAGUUGUGGGGCCCUCCUCAGUGCUGACCUACGCCUCCCCGCCACUCCUCACUAAUGUCACGACAAGAAGUGCCGCAGCACCCACAGUGGGGCCCCAGCUGGAGGGCCCCGAGCAUCAGCCGCCCCUCACCUAUUUCCCAUGGCCUCAGCCCCUUUCCACAUUGCCUACUUCCACUUUGCAGUACCAGCCCCCAGCCCCAGCUCUGCCUGGGCCUCAGUUUGUCCAGCUCCCCAUCUCUAUCCCUGAGCCGGUCCUUCAGGACAUGGAUGACCCCAGAAGAACUGUCAAUUCCCUGACCAUCGACAAGUUGCUUUUGGAGGAAGAGGAUAGCAAUGCCUACGAGCUCAACCACACUCUCUCCGUGGAGGGAUUUUAGGGCUGAGAGUCCUUUUCCCUGAAAUUAGGAUUUUAAGAUGAGCCAGAUUUGGGCUACACAUUCUAGCCCGAACUACAAUUGGAGUCUUUCCUUCCCUUGCUUCUCUCUUCAUUUCCUGCCUGAUUUUCUUUCCUUUGCUUCAGUUUCUUCUUCCAGUUUUCGUUGCAUAGGAACUGGGCUAUUAAUCACAAUCUUUUAUGCAAAAUGUGGAGUUGCCGUGGCAUCCCAUUUCUGGAAAUAGUCCCCUUCUUUCUGGUGCCUGCUGCUUUGUGGUAGCAGCACACUGCAGAACUGUCCCAGGCUGACUCCCACUGUCAUUCUGAGAUGUGUGCGAUGCCUGUGGGGGACCAGCACGGCCGGCACCCCCUGGAUGCGACCACCAAGGGCAGACCUGAGGCCAGAGGCCUUGAGCUGUUGGUUCUUACAGUUGCUCUUUGUUUGCUCUUUUCAGCGUUGGCCAGAUUUCCAGUCAGCCUCAAGGCCUGGGACUCUGCACAGUGCUGGGUUAGGGGUGGGUAGGGGCAAGGUCAGCGAGAGGACAGAGCAGGGAUGGGAACGCAUGGUGAGUGAGGGUGUGUGUGUGGAGGGUGUGUGUGGGUUUUAUAGGGAAAGGAGGGAGGCAGAGGAAUGAUUGAGCUCCAGCUUACUUGGUUACUAAGAAGGAUGUAAUCUUGGAUAAACGAUUGCUUUAAGAGGUGGCUGUGUAGCUGCUUUUGAGGACACUUGCAAGAAUACUUAAUGCUAUUAUGUGAGCUCCUUUUAUAUCUUCCAUUGCAUCUAAGCCGCCAUUAUGUAGAGCCAAGGUGCUUCUCCCACCAUCUUUUCUAGAGCCUCAGCUAGAGAACCAUUAGAUUUCACUUCACAUUUUAUUUU